AUGGUAGAUGUACAACUAAUUAUUGAAAUUAAAGUUGGCAAAGAAAUGUUAGAUGCACUUCUAGAUUCAGGUAGUAGUGUGUCAGCGUUGUUGGAAAGUUUUAUGAACAUCAUUAAAAAUAGGGAACUAGUUAUCUUCCCAGUCACUGGCGUUCAGGUUGAAACAGCAGUUGUGAAUGGAACAAAAACAUUCUUGGGGGAGGGGGGAAUCAACAUUCCGAAUUUAUGCAAACUGUUGGAAAAAAAUGCAGCUUCGAGGUGGAACGAGGAAUGUGAAACGGAAUUCCACGGUGUAAAGGAUAAAUUGUGCAUUAGUAAGAUCUUGUAUCACCACGAUAUGAAUUUCCCUUUCUGUUUAGCGUCGGACAGUUCAGACUAUGGAAUAAGUUGUGAACUGUUUCAGGAAAACUUAAUCGAUGGAAGAAUUGAACACCGUAGUGUGGCAUUCUCAGGCUGCAUGAUAAAUAAGCAUAAACGAGGUCAGAAAAGUGACAGUAUAGUCGGAAUACUAGGCUCUGAGUUGUCUGCAGACUGCAGGAUACUGAACGACCGCUUAAUGCGUUGGGCAAUGUUCAUGCAGCAAUUCGAGUACGAAAUCCGCGACAUAAAGGAUACAGAAAAUGGGUUUGCCGAUGCUCUGUCCAGAUUACCAAUAGGGGCGGAAGAUAAUGGAAGGGAGGAUUCGAACGAAUUUAAGCUACUGUGUAUGACGGGGGUGGCAGGGGAGGAAGAAAUUCGUGCGGUGUGCAAAGAUAUGCAGCGAGCACAAAACGACGAUCCUGUGGUGAGACACAUUAAGGUGAAUUUCGACAGCAAGGGAUACGAGAAAAUACCAAAAGAUUAUAAGAUACACAAGGGAGAGUUAUUCCGGCGGAAAGAUGAAGAGACGGACAAAUGGAGACUGUCUUUUCCCAAUAAGUAUUUGAAACAGUUGAUAGACUACGUCCAUUUAAGUCACUGA